AUGCUUGUGGAUCCGGCGAUUGACAUCAGGAGUCAAGACUCGUUGUUAGUCACGGUCACCGCGAGAAAAAACGGUUCCACAGGCGCCCAUGAUGCUUCGGAGAUUGCCGGCACGCUUAAGCGAGACCAUUCGUCUCCGCGUCGCGCCCCCUUACGCCUCCCGCUUUUCCAGAAAGUCUGGGAAUCCGAAUUUUCGGCAGUCUCCGCCCGGCUCCGUGUGGGUCUGUCCGGGUCUGUCUUGGGGAUCCCUGGCGCCAAGAAUAGACCGUUUUGGGAAAACUCUCGCCCAGUACCCAGCGUGACUGUUACUCUCGUCUACGGCGAUCCCACCUCGACGGCACCAAUGGGCAGUGUCCCCCUGCCCAACAACGCACCCACCGUGAGCAGCGUGCUCGCGGUGGUUUUGAUCGCGAUCUUUCUUGUCAUCGUCGUCACCUGCCCCUGGUGGAAGCAAAAACUCCCGCCCUUCGUCCUCUGUGGAUGCUGCCCUUUCAUUGUGGUCCACUCGGAGCGCGAAAACAACAUCCCAGACAUCGUGGACCUGGCGUUCGCCAGGUUGGACGCGACCGGCGCCGGUUCCAAGGAGCUCAGAGCGCAUACACGUUGGAGUACUACGUCAAUGUCAACAUGGGACCUUGAACGAAACGCGCGUCGUCGCGGUCACAAGGGGACCGAUUUCACGGUCGGCUACCCCCAAAACGAUUCCUGUCGAGGUGUAGGGUUUAUGAGGGGUCCAAUGACAUUGAAGAGCGUUCUGACGGGUAAGGAAUUAGGGUAUAGUGCAAUCUUAGCGAAUGCAGGAUGGUAA